GCCCCCGGUGCGGCGCGCGGGGAAGGCGGGAGCGGCGCGGUCCUCCACGCUCCCACAAUGCCCCGCUGUCCCCGCCCGCCUCCCCGCGCGGGGCACAUGCUCGGUGCGUGGCGCCGGCCCGGCCUGUUCCCGGCCCCGUCAGCACCCCCGGCACCGCCGGCAUGGCCCCCCCCACAGGGAAUGUCGUGGACAGCCAGGCGCCCCGGCUCGUGGCCAACCAGCUGCGCUGGGACCUGACGGCCGAGCAGAUCGAGGCCAUGGCCGCAGAGCUCACCGAGAGCACCAAGCUCGUGUACGACCGGGUGGGCAGCCAGGAGAGGGGCGAGGUGUCCUACGAGAACACCCUGAAGGCCCUGGCGGACGUGGAGGUGGAAUACACAGUGCGCCGGAACAUGCUGGAUUUCCCCCAGCACGUGUCCCCCUGCAAGGCCAUCCGCGCCGCCAGCACCGAGGCCGACAAGAAGCUCUCCGAGUUCGAUGUGGAGAUGAGCAUGAGGCAGGACGUGUACCAGAGGAUUGUCUGGCUCCAGGAGAAAGCAGAGAGUGCUUCCCUGAAACCCGAGGCAAAGAGGUACCUGGAGAGGCUGAUCAAGCUGGGAAAGAGGAACGGGCUCCAUCUGCCCGAGGAGACACAGGAGAAAAUCAAAGCUAUUAAGAAAAAGCUGAGUGUCCUGUGCAUUGACUUCAACAAGAACCUCAACGAAGACACCACCUUCCUGCCCUUCUCCAAGGAGGAAUUGGGGGGGCUCCCUGAGGAUUUCCUGAACUCCCUGGAGAAGACAGAGGAUGGAAAGCUGAAGGUCACCUUGAAAUACCCACACUACUUCCCUCUGCUGAAGAAGUGCUACGUGCCCGAGACGAGGAGGAAGGUGGAGGAGAUGUUCAACUCCAGGUGCAAAGAGGAGAACUGCCUGAUCCUGAAGGAGCUGGUGGAUUUACGGGCUCAGAAGGCCAACCUGCUGGGCUUCAGCACCCACGCGGACUUCGUGCUGGAGAUGAACAUGGCCAAGAGCAGCGCCACGGUGGCCACGUUCCUGGAUGAGCUGGCCCAGAAGCUGAAGCCGCUCGGGGAGAAGGAGCGGGCCGUGAUCCUGGACCUGAAGAAGAAGGAGUGCGAGAAGCGCGGGCUGGAGUUCGACAACCGCAUCAACGCCUGGGACAUGCGCUACUACAUGAACCAGGUGGAGGAGACCAAGUACAGCGUGGAUCAGAACCUGCUGAAGGAGUAUUUCCCCAUGCAAGUGGUCACCACGGGCCUCCUGGCCAUCUACCAGGAGCUGCUGGGGCUCACCUUCCACCUGGAGGAGAAGGCGCCGGUGUGGCACGAGGACGUGCAGCUCUACACGGUGAAGGACACGUCCUCUGGAGAGACCAUCGGCAAGUUCUACCUGGACCUGUACCCACGGGAAGGGAAGUACGGGCACGCUGCCUGCUUCGGCCUGCAGCCGGGCUGCCUCCUGCCCGACUCCAGCCGGCAGAUCUCGGUGGCCGCCAUGGUGGCCAAUUUCACCAAGCCCACGCCGGACGCGCCUUCCCUGCUGCAGCACGACGAGGUGGAGACGUACUUCCACGAGUUCGGGCACGUCAUGCACCAGCUGUGCUCCCAGGCGGAGUUUGCCAUGUUCAGCGGGACACACGUGGAGAGGGACUUCGUGGAGGCCCCGUCCCAGAUGCUGGAGAACUGGGUGUGGGAGAAGGAGCCGCUGCUGCGCAUGUCCAGGCACUACAAAACGGGCAGCCCCAUCCCGGAUGAGCUGCUGGAGAAGCUCAUUAAAUCCCGGCAGGCAAACACGGGACUCUUCAACCUGCGCCAGAUUGUCCUGGCCAAGGUGGACCAGGCGCUGCACACCCAGACCAAGGCCGACCCCGUGGAGGUGUUUGCCCAGCUGUGUGAAGAGGUGCUGGGUGUCCCUGCCACCCCAGGGACAAACAUGCCGGCCACCUUCGGCCACCUGGCCGGGGGCUACGACGCGCAGUACUACGGCUACCUCUGGAGCGAGGUGUUCUCCAUGGACAUGUUCCACACCCGCUUCAAGCAGGAGGGCAUCAUGAACUGCAAGGUGGGGAUGGACUACAGGAACUGUGUCCUGCACCCCGGCGGCUCCGUGGAUGCCUCCGACAUGCUGAGGAAGUUCCUGGGCCGGGAGCCCAAGCAGGACGCCUUCCUGGCCAGCAAAGGACUGAAGGUGGAGAGCAGCUCGCUGCCCUCGGGCUGCUGAGGCCCCCCUGCAGCCCCCGCCCACGCCCCUGCCCUCACCUGGGACCUGCCACCAAACCCGCCCUGGGCCACCCCUGCCUUGAGCUGCCCCUCCGGGGUCCCACCCUGAGCCCACCCUGGGC